AUGGCUAAAUCAAAGUCGACUUUCGUGGUCGGCUUCCUUGCCUAUCAAAUCGCUGUCGAUGUCGCGGACAAGACAAGUAAGAAGAUGGAGAAGAAGAACGUUUCGCUAAGCAAGGACGGCCUCAAGGUCGGUGUCAAGGAGGUGUCAGCUGAACAAAUAGGAGACAGUACACAGAGGUACAUCACGAACCUUCACCAUACAGUGACUACAGUGUCUAACUGCAAGUAG